UACGCAUGCGCGCACGCGGCCGGCCGGGCUGGGCUGAGGGGAGGGGGCGGCGGCAGCGGCGUCGUUAUUUCCGUGGUCCCUACGUAAUAAUGGUUAUGAAAGCAUCUGUAGAUGAUGAUGAUUCAGGAUGGGAGCUCAGUGUUCCUGAAAAAAUGGACAAAAGCAAUACAAGCUGGGUGGACAUAACCCACGAUUUUGAAGAAGCUUGUCGAGAAUUAAAGCUGGGAGAACUGCUUCAUGAUAAGCUCUUUGGUCUUUUUGAAGCCAUGUCUGCUAUUGAGAUGAUGGAUCCCAAGAUGGAUGCUGGCAUGAUUGGAAACCAAGUUAAUCGAAAAGUUCUCAAUUUUGAACAAGCUAUUAAGGAUGGCACCAUUAAAAUUAAAGAUCUCACCUUGCCCGAAUUGAUAGGGAUAAUGGAUACAUGUUUUUGCUGUUUGAUAACAUGGCUGGAAGGCCAUUCUUUGGCACAGACAGUAUUUACGUGCCUUUACAUUCAUAAUCCAGACUUUAUAGAAGAUCCUGCUAUGAAAGCUUUUGCUCUGGGAAUCUUGAAAAUCUGUGACAUUGCAAGGGAAAAAGUAAACAAAGCUGCUGUUUUUGAAGAAGAAGAUUUUCAGUCAAUGACGUAUGGCUUUAAAAUGGCUAACAGUGUGACAGAUCUUCGAGUUACAGGCAUGCUAAAGGAUGUGGAAGAUGACAUGCAAAGAAGAGUAAAGGUAUAUAUGUCUUCUGUGCAUGCAGUAUUCAGCAGAGUGAAAUUUACUCGUGUGUUACUGACUGUGCUUAUAGCCUUUACCAAGAAAGAGACCAGCGCUGUCGCAGAAGCUCAAAAAUUGAUGGUUCAAGCAGCAGAUCUUCUUUCUGCCAUUCAUAUUUCAUUGCAUCAUGGCAUCCAGGCCCAGAAUGACACUACAAAAGGAGAUCAUCCAAUAAUGAUGGGCUUUGAGCCCCUUGUUAACCAGAGGCUGCUUCCACCUACCUUCCCUCGAUAUGCAAAAAUAAUUAAAAGGGAAGAAAUGGUUAACUAUUUUGCAAGAUUAAUAGAUAGAAUAAAAACCGUGUGCGAAGUUGUGAACUUAACAAAUUUACAUUGUAUCCUGGAUUUUUUCUGUGAAUUUAGUGAACAGUCACCAUGUGUUCUUUCAAGAUCAUUGUUACAAACCACUUUCCUGGUGGAUAACAAAAAGGUCUUUGGAACUCAUCUCAUGCAAGACAUGGUUAAAGAUGCCCUUCGGUCUUUUGUCAGUCCUCCGGUGCUUUCCCCCAAGUGCUGCCUAUAUAAUAAUCACCAGGCUAAGGACUGUAUUGACUCAUUUGUUACUCACUGUGUUCGGCCAUUUUGUAGUCUUAUUCAGAUCCACGGACAUAACCGGGCUCGGCAGAGAGAUAAGCUUGGGCAUAUUCUGGAGGAAUUUGCUACCUUGCAGGAUGAGGCAGAAAAGGUUGAUGCAGCGCUUCACACUAUGCUAUUGAAGCAAGAACCCCAAAGGCAACAUUUGGCCUGUUUAGGGACAUGGGUUCUUUAUCAUAACCUUCGAAUCAUGAUACAGUAUCUUCUAAGUGGCUUUGAGUUGGAACUCUACAGCAUGCAUGAGUACUACUACAUAUACUGUAAAGAGAAUUUUCUCUUGUUCAUAGUUCGUCCAUUGAGCCGGGAAAUCACAAUGAGCCAAGCAUAUCAGAACAUGUGUGCUGGAAUGUUUAAAACCAUGGUAGCAUUUGACAUGGAUGGCAAAGUACGCAAACCCAAGUUUGAGCUCGAUAGUGAACAAGUUCGAUAUGAGCACAGAUUUGCUCCCUUCAACAGUGUGAUGACCCCGCCGCCUGUGCACUACCUACAGUUCAAGGAAAUGUCUGACCUUAAUAAGUAUAGCCCACCUCCUCAGUCUCCAGAACUGUAUGUGGCAGCUAGUAAGCACUUUCAGCAGGCAAAAAUGAUAUUGGAAAAUAUUCCUAACCCAGACCAUGAGGUCAAUAGAAUUUUAAAAGUUGCCAAGCCCAAUUUUGUGGUUAUGAAGUUAUUGGCAGGAGGACACAAAAAGGAGUCCAAGGUUCCUCCUGAAUUUGAUUUCUCAAUUCACAAAUAUUUUCCUAUUGUGAAACUUGUUUGAGAGAGACUGAGAACAUGACCACAAAGAGGUAGAAUCUACUUUCAGAUUCCAAUCUUACAGGAUAUAUACAUCAGUCUCACCACGUAACGUGAAGUAAAAUGAAUUUCUUGGAUGACAACCCAUUAUAAAGAAUACUUUUAGUUUGACAGCCUUACAUGACAUGACUGAAAACUGCUGUUUUAAAGUGGUUUAUUAUGUUCCAUGGAUGAAACUGAAUACAUUGAUGAAUGUUAUAUGGUUUUAUUACAGACUUAAUCAUAAAUCAUUUUUUAUGAAUGAGUGAAAAUAGUGUUUGUAAAGGCUAAUAAAUUUCUUGACAAAAAAUGCACGACUGGAGAUGUAAGACAGUACCACUUGAAACAUAAUAAGAGCUGAAGGUGUUUGCUUUUUACCAUUUUAGUAGUUCAAAAUUAUCCAGAAGGUUUUCAGAUUAUGGGAUUUAUUAAACCUUUAUAUGAGAUUUUUUUGGUGAGAUACAUUUAAAAGCAUAUGGGAGGUUCUCUGACUCUAAAAGGAGACUAACUUUUUUUUAAGUCUUUUAUUACUUUUGGCACAUUUUAAAGAGUGAGUAAAGUCUCUUGGUGACAUUGAAAAGGUAGGUAAGGUCUGGCUUUAAAUGUAAUGUUCUUUUUUGUGUCCUUCAUCAUCACUUUAAUCCAUGAAACAUUCAAGGAGGGACCUGCUAUUAUCACUGCUUUAGCCAACCUGACCUUCUGAGUGCUUGGCGCCAGAUGGCCUGACCUAUCCUUUAUUCUCCCUGUCCAUUUUCUGGGAGUUUGUGUGGCAGUUGUCUGAGUUUUCUAUUUUGUUCUUUGAGGAGUACUAUAUGAGUGAGGUACAUUUGGAUUAAGCUGGCUUUUGUAGUAUGGCCUGAGAUUAGUAAGAUUUUUGGUUUUUAUGGUAAGGGUUCUGAGCUUUAAAUAUCUUAACUGUGACUUACCACCAUUUGGUUAUUUUGAUAGAGUCAACCUAUGUAUGAUAAGCAACUAUUCUACCAUUGAGCUACAUCCCUAGCUGCUUGAUGUCUUUCUUGAAAGUGUGGUAUUCAGACUUUCUGAGAAUAACUCUGAAGCAGCUAACCUGACUAUACCUGCCACAGUAAAA